UAAACGGACCAGUUAACGUUCCUCCUCCUCCUUCCCUCUUCUCUAUCCAAUUUGUUGUUAUCUCCGACGGAAACCUAGAAUGGGGAAGAAUUCGAGUCCUAGCGGUGUCUUCUGGUAUCUAAGACGUCAUCCGUUGUUUAGGUCCCCUUCUUCUUCCGGUGUUUUUUGAUGUUUAUAUGGAUAUCUAGGAUCUGUCUCUUCGAUUCGGUGUUUUGCUCUUGUUUUUGGAGGAUUUUGGGAUUUUUACGGUGUUAGGUCGACAAAGAUCCGAUCUUUCUGGUUGUGUUGGAUUCCGGGUUUAAAGUGUGUGAAGGAUUUCCAAGAAAUUAAUGAUUUUCAGAGGGUUUUGGGGGUUCCGUAGUUGUAUGUCGGUAAAAGUCUCAUCUUUUUCGUUAUCUAUUCCGCUUGUUUGAUUCCCGGUUCAAGAUUUGGUUCCUGGUUUGAUAAGGUUCCGGACAUAUGAGCGGUUUUAGGGUUCUCCUCUCCUUUUUUGGGAUUCCUUAGCCGCAGAUCGAGAAAGAUUCCAUCUUUCUUUUCAUCCGAUCAGUUUUAUUUCUAGUCGUACAUUUUGUUGGGAAUGGUUCGAACAAAUCUAGAAAUCUAGGGUUUUUGUUCAGAGGAAUCCCGUUUAGCGAAGGUUUGUUUUGUUUGGGUUUGGGGGUGUUGGAUAAAAUCUUGUGAUUGAUAGGAAUUCGUGGGGUGGGAUUUAUGGAAUGGGUCUGUGAAUGUUUUCUCUGGGACGCGUUCAUUGAAUGCGGUGGAAUUCGAAACCCACCAGACGGAUAGCAUUUCAGAAGGAGGUAGAGGAGGAGGAGGAGGCCAUUAAAGUGCACAAGGAGAUAAGAGAGAGAGAGCCAUGGGAGAAGAUCUCCUCACCACUCUGUCCAUGGAGAACCACCACCCAUCCACUCUUCUUUCUAUGGAUCCCUCCGGCGGCCCGGCCUUGCUUUCCUCCCAUGAGGAUUUCUCCGACCGCGAGCUGAUGAUCCAGCGCCCGCCCGACAUCAACCUCCCACUUUCCGCCGACCGCUCCCCUCCCCAGCAAUCCUGGAGCGAUAUCUUGGACGUCGGUCUUGGCUCUCAGGUCUAUGAUACUGAGGCUGUCCUGCACCUCCCCAGGGUUGGUGCAGCUCGCAAGUGUGCCAAGAGAGGCGACAGCAUCUGGGGCGCAUGGUUCUUCUUCAGCUUCUACUUCAAGCCAGCACUCUCCGAGAAGUCCAAGGCCAAGAUAACCCGAGAUGGGAAUGGUGCCUUAGGCUUUGAUAAGUCCGAACUACGGCUUGAUGUGUUCUUGGUCCAGCAUGACUUGGAGAACAUGUACAUGUGGGUCUUCAAGGAGAGGCCGGAGAACGCGCUAGGCAAGAUGCAGCUGAGGAGCUACAUGAACGGGCACACCCGCCUCGGCGAGCCCCGAUUCCCAUUCAGCGCUGACAAGGGCUUUGUCCGAUCCCACCGGAUGCAGCGGAAGCAGUACCGUGGGCUAUCGAACCCUCAGUGUGUGCAUGGUAUUGAAGUGGUGAGGUCGCCCAACUUGACAGCGGUCACCGAGGUGGACCGCAAGAAGUGGAUGGAGCUGACUGGUAGGGAGCUUAAUUUCUCGAUCCCACUGGAAGCCAGUGAUUUUGGGUCAUGGAGGAAUCUUCCCAACUCUGAAUUUGAGCUCGAAAGGCCUCCUCCUCCUUCAAAGGGCAUUUUGCAUCCCCACCCAAAGAAAUCGCUUAAUGGAGCAGGUUUGAACUUGUCAUCACAGUCUAAUCAUUCCAAUGGUGAUGGGAUGGACCUUUCUCCAGUUUGCAGCAAGCGCAGGAAGGAUCUCUUUCUGCAUGGGAUGGAUGAGGAUUGCAGCUUGCCUGUGAAUUCUUAUUCGGAGAGAGCCCAAGAUAUGGACAUACACCCGGUUGGGCCGUCAUGGUUGAAUCACUUUAGCGGUGUGAUGAGGCACAUCUAUGGGCCGGUAACUGCUGCAAAGACGAUUUAUGAGGAUGAACAGGGUUACUUGAUAAUGGUUAGCCUGCCUUUUGCUGAUCAACAGAGUGUGAAGGUUUCUUGGAGGAAUAGUCUUACCCAUGGGAUAGUGAAGAUACUCUGUGUCAGUACCGCUCGGAUGCCAUAUGUAAAGAGGCAUGAUAGAACAUUCAAGCUGACCGACCCUUCUCCUGAGCAUUGCCCCCCAGGGGAAUUCAUAAGAGAGAUACCGCUUGCCACUCGAAUCCCAGAAGAUGCUAAGUUGGAAGCAUACUAUGAUGAGACUGGUGCCGUGCUAGAAAUAAUGGUUCCUAAACAUCGUAUUGGGCCUGAAGAACAUGAAGUUCGUGUGUGCUUGCGCCCCCCUCAUCUUGGAGCUAAUAAUCUUACGUUGACAUGAAUAUGUUGGAAUAGUAUGUGAUGGGUGGUUCCUUUGGCCAAUUUCCAUUGUUUACUAACUAUGCAGCAUAAAAGGAAAUUUGUGAAAUGGAAGCGCAUUCUUGCCAUAUUCAACUCUCCUUUGCAAUUUGGUUUGGCUGACUAUUCUUGGUGGUUUUUCAUGUUUUGUUGGAUAUUUUUAGAGAGCUGCAUGCUUGAAUGUCCUGAUGAAUGCUGAGGUUUGAGAACAUCUUUGGGAUUCAUGUUGAAACUUUUAACAUGAGGAAUCAAGUUAAAUUCGACUUUUCUUUGGUCA